CCGCAAAAUUGCUUGAAUAAUGAACGACGACGGUUCCCUUGUGUCAAAUCGUUAACCAAGCAGGUCAAAUUUGUCCACAGAGCUGCGAAGACCUUAUCAUGGAAGACGACCAGAAUGUGAAGAACGAGGCACUGCAGAUAAUCGGUCUCAACCAGAACCGUCCUCGCCUCGUCGUCUUCGAUCUAGACUAUACUCUCUGGCCCUUAUAUUGUGAGUGCUGCAAUGAGGAUGACACGCCGAAUCUGUUUCCUAAUGCCAGAGGCAUAUUAUAUGCACUCAAGGACAGUGGAAUUAAUGUAGCUAUUGCUUCUAGAUCACCAACUCCUGAGAUAGCCAAAACAUUUCUUGAUAAAUUGGGCAUCCAGUCCAUGUUUGUGGCCCAGGAAAUUUUUUCCAGUUGGAGCCACAAAACAGAGCAUUUCCAAAGAAUUCAUAGAAGUACUGGGGAACCUUUUACUUCAAUGCUUUUCUUUGAUGAUGAGAAUAGGAACAUUGAAGCGGUAUCACAAAUGGGUGUAACAAGCAUAUUGGUCGAUGAUGGGGUAAACCUUAGAGCUUUGAAGCAGGGAUUAUCAGAAUUUUCUCAGAAAUCAGGAUCAUCAGCAGGGGCAAGCAGAAUUAGUUCUCCCUCAGGUGUUUAGUCAUGCGUUUUAAAGUUGAAUGAAGCUGACUACAGCAAGGGAGAGUCAUAAUGUUAUCAACUGAUUUAUUGUAUCUUUAUGAUGCACAUUGUUCAUUCUUACCAUCAAACAAAUAUUUGGUUACUAUACCACAUUUUUCAAUUUCAUCUAUCAUCAACGGAC